AUGUUGUUAUUUGAAUAUAUUCCGACCAUAUUUUCUACUGUAUUAAAACAUUAUACUAAAGGCCCGCCUAAAAAAUCAUGGGGUCUAAAAUUUCAUUUGACUGUAGCAGUGACUAAAAGAGAUAAUAAAUUAUCAAAAAAACCUAUUGAACGAACUCAAAAGGAAAUAGACGAUUAUCUUAAGCCUAAAAUUCCUUCUAAUAUAACUAUAAAAAAUGUUAUAUUAGAUGAGGAAUAUAGACAAAAGAGUAAAACGCAUUUAGAAAAGAUUUUGAAACAAUAUGAUGAUGUGUUAGACGAGGGAUGGAAAGAACCAAAUGAUAAAGGAUUGCAUGGGGAAUGGAUGUAUAUUAAUGAAAAUGCUAGUGAAAUUGAUCAUGUAAUUUUAUAUUUGCAUGGUGGUGGAUUUUGUAUCGGUUCAGCUAAAUAUGCUAGAACAGUUACACUCAAAUUUGUUGAGCUAGCUGAUUCUCGAAUUUUUGCACUUGAUUAUCGUCUUUCGCCGCAGAGUCAAUUUCCUGCCGCUCUUUGUGAUUCCGUCGCCGCUGCGGGUGGCAAUUUGGUCUUUGCUACACUCUUAGCUUUAAGAGACGCUGGAUUGCCUUUGCCAGCGGGCGCAAUUGCAUUGUCACCAUGGGUUGAUUUAACUCAUAGCAUGCAAUCAUUUUGGGAUGCUAAAAUAGAUAAAGUAGAUUUUGUACCUUCAAAACUAGGCCUUUUUGCAUUCCCUUCGUCUCCUGUCAUGGACGAAUAUCAUACCAACGCAAAGGCUCUAGCUGAUAAAAUCACUCUAAAAAACCCUACAAUUGUUAGUCAUCCUUCUUUUACUGAAGUACCUCGUUUCAAUCAUUAUUGUGCUAACGAAGCGUUGACAAUCCCUUAUGUUAGGCAACAAGUUGGAGGUGAUGAAAAACUUCAUGACGAAGCUAUUCUAAUUAGCCAUAAAGCAGCAAAUCCUCAUGAAUACCAAUUGCCUUCAUAUGCAACUAAAAAUUUUGAAAAGUCACCUUUUAAGAAACCUACUAAAGUUAUACUUGAAGUUUAUGAUGAUAUGCCUCAUAUCUGGCAUAUGUGCACUUUUUUUAAACCUUCUCAAAUAGCAUUGGAACGUUGUCGUGAUUUUAUAAAACGUGUUAUUUCUAUUGAAGACAAUAAUACAUCCAUGACUGAUCUUAUUAAAGAAGAGGCAGUAUCCUCUUCUAUUUCUGUUUCGCCUUCAUUUAUUGCAAUGAGAGUUAGUACAGGUGGUAUUAUCAGAGAAUUGAAUGAAACCGAUCGGGAUUGUCUAAAAUGGGAUAAAAUUGGA